GCGAGCGCGCCUCGGCGGCGGCGGUGUGAGGGCUGCGCGCGAACAUGUAGGCGGGCGACGCGCGUUGCGACACGGUGGUCGAGCUAGGCGAGCACGAUGGCUUCGGUGGCGGCGUGGCUGCCGUUCGCGCGCGCGGCGGCCAUAGGGUGGGUCCCGAUCGCCAACAACCCGUUGCCGGCGCCGCCCAUCCCCAAGGACAAGCGGCGCGCGGACGACGAGAAGCUCGUCAUCAACGUGUCGGGCCCGUUCGAGACAUGGCGUAACACGGUGGAGAAGUACCCCGAUACGCUGCUCGUUAACGAGCGCGACUUCUUCUACGACGAGGACACGAAGGAGUACUUCUUCGACCGAGACCCGGACAUCUUCCGGCACAUCCUUAACUAUUACCGGACUGGUAAGCUUCACUACCCGAAGCACGAGUGCUUGACGAGCUACGACGAGGAGCUCUCGUUCUUCGGCAUCAUCCCGGACGUGAUCGGUGACUGUUGCUAUGAGGACUACCGCGACCGCAAGCGCGAGAACGCCGAGCGCCUGCUGGACGACAAGAUGUCCGAGAACGGCGAGGGUAACCUCGUCAAGCUGACCAACCUGCGCGAAAAGAUGUGGCGCGCGUUCGAGAACCCGCACACGUCGACAGCGGCGCUCGUUUUUUAUUACGUCACGGGGUUCUUCAUCGCCGUGUCAGUGCUGGCCAACGUGGUGGAAACGGUCGAGUGCGGGAACCUACCGGGCAAGAAGGAGCCGUUGCCUUGCGGCGAGCGGUACGAGGUGGUGUUCUUCUGCCUGGACACGGCGUGCGUGAUGAUCUUCACCGCCGAGUAUUUGCUGAGGUUGUUCGCUGCGCCCGACCGCUGCAAGUUUGUGCGCAGCGUGAUGAGCAUCAUCGAUGUGGUGGCCAUUCUGCCGUACUACAUCGGCCUGGGCAUCACGGACAACGACGACGUAUCGGGCGCAUUCGUCACGCUGCGGGUGUUCCGCGUCUGUCGGAUCUUCAAGUUCUCGCGACAUUCCCAGGGCCUCCGCAUCCUUGGGUACACCCUCAAAUCCUGCGCCAAAGAGCUCGGGUUCCUCGUUUUCUCACUAGCCAUGGCCAUUAUCAUUUUCGCCACGGUAAUGUUCUAUGCGGAGAAGAAGGUGAAGGGAUCAACGUUCACGUCCAUCCCGGCAUCGUUCUGGUAUACUAUCGUCACAAUGACUACGCUAGGGUGA